CAACUCCACCAUCAUAUUGUCUACACCGCCACCUACACGGCCCGUUUUCAGCCACCUGGCAUUAUUCGGCACAGCCACUUACACGGCCGUUCUCAGCCGCCCGCCACGGCCCACGGGUAGCGAAAUUAAAAAAAUGUCAUAUUUCUCUCUCCUCCUCCUCGUCCUAGGAGCGUUGCUAAUGUCGCCGGCGGCGGCGCUACAGUGCACGUCGCAGACGUUUUCGACGAAGGCUCACUACGACACCUGCUCCGAUCUCCCGACGCUCAAAGCGUUUCUCCACUGGACAUAUAACGAGACGAAAUCCACGCUCUCCGUCGCCUUCGUGGCGGCGCCGGCCGCCGCCGACGGGUGGAUCGCCUGGGGGAUUAACCCCACCGGCGCCGGCAUGAUCGGCACGCAGGCCUUCAUCGCCUUCAAGGACGCACAGGGGAAAGUCGCCGUGAAAACGUACAAUCUCACCUCCUACGGCGCCAUAACUCCGCAGAAGCUCUCUCUGACGGUGCUGGACUCCCGCGCGGAGGCGGCGGCGGACGGGAAAAUGAGAAUUUUCGCCACCGUGGAGCUGCCGGAAAAAAUGGCGACGGUGAACCAUGUUUGGCAGGUCGGCGCGUCCGUCAAGGACGGAAUCCCGCAGAAGCAUCAAAUGCUUCAGGAAAAUCUCGACGCUAAAGCCUCAUUGCAGCUCACGGCCGGAAACACCAUCUCCGACGCUCCUUCUCCGACCGCCGCCGCCGCCCCCGGCGGCGGUGACGGCAAAAACACGGCGAUCUCCCCUGCAUCCGGGCAGACCGCCGGAAAAGACGCUGGCGGCGCUUCCAGAAACUGGAAAAGUAACACGAAUCUACCCGCAAUAUUCUUUACAGUUGUUGGAAUUCUUGGAUUAGUGCUUUGAUUUAGACGCUAAUUCUGCCGUGUUAUUAUAAUAAAUUUUCAAGAUCAAAACUUUUUUAUUUUUUAGAUAAAGAAAAUUUUAGAACAUUCACGGUGCUGUGAUCGGAAUCUUGUAAUGGAGUUGAGGUUCUAACUUGUUGUACGUGUAUACAAGAUUUGUCAGCCAUGUCUAGUAUACUAAUUAAAUUCAAAUAAUACUUCAUUCGCCUCAUUUUACA